ACCUGUCACCGAACGUCUUUUACAUUCUUGCUGCGAUCGGGCGGUCGGCGUUUUCGGUCGGGUUGUUGAAACUGGUGCGGCAGUACCAGCAGUGCCCGCAUCUGAACCGAGUGUACCAGCCGCAUCCUGCGCUCUUUGAGUUUUUCCAAUUGUGCGUUCCGGCCUCGACGAUGCUUGCUGUCAUCGAAGUGGUCCAAGUCCAAACGAGUCGACUGGACUUGGACAUUGAACGAGAGCCACAGAGCUGCUACUAUCGAUCGACCCCGCCGCCGAGGCUUCUCAGACUUUUCACACAUGGAUCAAUAUGCGCAAUACGUCGACGGUGCCCACAAAUCCAUCAACCUCUACACCGAGCCAUGGGUCAACCGACUUACCGAACCCGUUUUCGCCGCCAUCAUCACGCUCGAGCUUUCCCAGUAUGCCCAGAUGCCCGCUGUCCAGGCGGUCGUCAUGGCCCUGAUCCUGUUCAUCAAGAACCACGAUAUCACCAUGUCGCUGCAAAAGAAAGCCCAGCAGGAGUCGUUCUCGCCGAUGACCAGCAUCAUCCCCGGCUGCCUGAAUGUCAAGAUGACCGACAUCUACACCAGCUUUGCCAACGACCAGGAGAAGAUGCUCCAGGCCAUCCGCUGGUCGCAGUUCCCCGGCAAUGUCCCCCUGACGGACGAAUACGCCCCUCUCGUUGCCACCGCUGCAGGUUGUGGUGCACCAAACUGAGCGCAACCCCGGGAAACUUUUUCUCGACCUCCUGGACGACACCUUCGGCCAGGGAGCGGGAUAUCGGCACACAGGCGAGUUCGUGCGUGCGUUUUGGAUAAUAAAACGAUAUAUAGUCCAAUGAGCCCUCGUCUAAGGACUCAUCGGGCAGCAGAUCGUAGAGGAGGUUCUCAAUGAAGAGAUGGAGGUUGGGGAGCGAAUCCUCGAACUGGAGCGACAUUCGGUCGGGAUUCAUCUUUGCGACAACGGAUGCGACGAGCUCGACGGCUGGUGGCAGCUUGACGGUGCAAGGAGGCGGUGCGGUCGCCAAG